AUGCAAAGAUUGCAUAAACAGCGUCGUACAAUGGAAUGUUCUAAAAUGAUUCAUUAUAGUUAUUCCUCUGCACCAACAUUCGAGGAUUUAUCACAAGAAGAACAAUUAUGUAUAGCAGAAUCUCUUGUGCCAGGAGAAACCUAUGAUGUUAUAAUUAAUCCACCAAUUUAUUCAGAAAAUCCACAUCAUUCGGGUGGUGGAACAAGUUUUAUUAUACAGCGAGGUGGUUCUAUCACAGUCGAAGUAACUGAACCUGAGGUUGAAUCAUUGCCUACUUACGAUGAUAUGCGGCCAUUCAGUCCAAUUAUGAUUUAA